ACACACACUCCCCUGUUUCCUCCUCUUUCCCUUCACCCCACUCUCCUCUCCGCGUUCCCUGCGCGUCCCCUUCCCCCUCCUCCUCUCUCAAAACCCUAGGCACCAAUUCCCCCUUCGAUAUCCCCACCACCGUUGCCGCAACAAUGGCGGAAGGAGGGGGCGGCGAAGGGGGAGCGAUCGGGGGCGAAAUGAAGCUCGAGCACACCCCCACGUGGAUCGUCGCCGCCGUUUGCUCCAUCAUCGUCCUCAUCUCCCUCAUCGCCGAGCGACUGCUCCAUCACCUCGGAAAGUUUUUGAAGAAGAAGAACCAGAAACCCCUUUUCGAAGCGCUUCAGAAAGUAAAAGAAGAGUUAAUGUUGUUGGGGUUCAUAUCCUUGCUGUUGACGGUGUUCCAAGGGGCGAUCCAGAGGAUCUGCAUACCUCCGAAUUGGACCAAUCACUUGCUGCCAUGUAAGAAAGACGAAGGUCCCACUUCCGGCGCCGAAGCCCACUUCCGGGCCCACUCCUUCGUCGGCGCCGGUGCUCGGCGGCUGCUUUCGGAAAGUGAUUUCGGCUCCGAGCAUUGCAGCAGCAAGCAUAAAGUUCCGCUGUUGUCUCUUGAAGCAAUACAUCAGUUGCAUAUAUUCAUAUUUGUUCUGGCGAUCACUCACGUGACGUUCAGUUUAGUGACCAUGCUUUUGGGAAUGAUAAAGAUUCGAGAAUGGAAACACUGGGAGGAUGCUAUCCAAAAAGAAAUUAAGGGAGAUGGGUUUGCUUCUGCAGCUUCGAGAAAGGUCACCCACGUGCAUCAAUUUGAAUUUAUCAAGGAUCGUUUCCAGGGUAUCGGCAAAGAUUCUGUAAUAUUAAGUUGGUUGCAUUCGUUUGCCAAACAGUUUUAUGGAUCUGUGACUAAAUCGGAUUACACCACAAUGAGACUUGGCUUCAUCAUGACACAUUGCCGGGGGAACCCGAAGUUUAAUUUUCACAAAUAUAUGGUACGGGCACUGGAAGCUGAUUUUAAGAAAGUUGUCGGUAUAAGUUGGUACCUUUGGGUCUUUGUGGUGAUAUUCUUGUUGCUGAAUGUCGGUGGUUGGCAUACGUAUUUUUGGAUCGCAUUCAUUCCUUUGGUUCUUCUACUAGCCGUGGGCACGAAAUUGGAGCAUGUCAUAACUCAGUUGGCUCAUGAGGUUGCUGAGAAGCAUUCAGCUAUUGAAGGUGAUUUGGUAGUUAAGCCAUCAGAUGAGCACUUCUGGUUCCACCGUCCCAGGAUCGUCCUGUACCUGAUCCACUUCAUUCUCUUCCAAAAUGCCUUUGAGAUUGCGUUCUUCUUCUGGAUUCUGACCACUUACGGGUUUGAUUCGUGCAUCAUGGGGCAAGUUGGUUUUAUUGUUCCCAGACUUGUUAUUGGGAUCAUUAUUCAAAUUCUCUGCAGCUAUAGCACCCUGCCUCUCUAUGCUAUAGUAACCCAGAUGGGGAGUUACUUCAAAAAGGCCAUAUUUGACGAGCACAUCCAAGAGGGCCUCGUAGGUUGGGCGAAGAAGGUAAAGAAGAGAAAGGAGCAAAAGAUGGGUACAAACAACACAUCCAUUGAAGAGCCUUCCGCGAAUAUAGAAUUAAAGAGCUUGAUGGGAAAGAAAGAUCCCCUAAUAGAUGAGGGCAAAUCGAGCCAUGGCGAAGAAAGCAUGUUGUAAUCAAGUUCUAUCGAAAUGCAUCAAUCGUCGGCUUACACAGUGGUGUUUUUGUUAUGGUAGAGCCUUUUGUUGUAUGUUGUUUUCCCCAUGCUAAAAGUGUUCUACUAUCAUGCAUGACACUACUAUUUUUGUUCAGUAAACAUGCAUGAGAUGCUGCUUUGUAAUGAGGUUUUUGCAACUUUCACUACCCUUCAGAGCUUUAUACUUUGCUCUUAUGGAACUCUAUUGUUAUAUGGCUAUUGAUGUAAUACUAAAGAGAUGCUGUUAUAUCAGAGGCAAUAGCAGUUUAUUUUCUUUCUUAUUCUCUACA